AAAUUUCUCUUUGUACAAGCGGAGACGACUCCAAGUCUCAUCACUUCAGAAUCUCUCACCCUCAUAGUGAAGCCCAUUUGUCAAUUUCUGAUCGAUCUAGUUACUAGGGUUCUUCACAAAAUCCACAAUUUUUCCAAGAAUGGCCAGAAAUCUAGCCUUUCUGGUCCUCACACUCUGUCUCACAUCGAUCUGCAAUGGUUCGAUCUUUAAUCCCAUUUCUGAUGCUCACCGCUCCGCCGCAUUGAAACUUUUCACCACAACAGAUGGAUCUUUCGGAAGCUUAACAGAAGCUCAUGAAGCUAUAAGAACAUUCAGCAUUCUUGGAAUUGAGAAGGAUCUUAAUAUAAGGGAUUCCACUUGCUCUUCUGUGGUGCAUACUCUUGAAUCACCCUCAUCAAGUCCAAAAGAAUUGUUCUAUGCAUUAAAAGUGAAUAAUGCAUUGAAGUGUGAAGUUAAAGAGGAUCUUUUUGAGGGCAUUGCUUCGAGACUUAAAGCAUCUAUUGAGAGUGCAAAUUCUUUGCUCGACUUUUACUACUCUGUAGGAAGUCUACUCCUUAUCAAGGGCCAAAAUUCAGAAAUUGACGUGCUUCUUGCAGACGCCAAUGGAGUUUUCAAAUCCAUAAAGGCGUUGAGCCAAAGUGAUGGAAGAUGGCGCUACAGUUCCAGCAACACAGAGUCAAGUACUUAUGCUGCUGGAAUAGCUUUUGAAACACUAGCAGGUGUAGUCUCAUUGACAACUUCUGAGAUAGACGCAUCUCUGGUUGCUACUUUGAAGAGUGAUAUACUGAAGCUUUUUGACAGUAUUGAGAAAUAUGAUGAUGGGGCAUAUUACUUUGAUGAGAAACUUGUUGAUGCCCGUGAAAACCAUGGAAUUCUUUCCGUCACCUCAUCAGUUGUCCGUGGCGUGACAGCAUUUGCUAGUGCUACAUCUGGAAAUCUAAAUCUUCCAGGAGAAAAAAUACUCGGACUGGCAAAUUUUUUCCUAAGCGUUAUUCCUGGUACUCCAAAAGAAUUGUAUGACCAGCUUGAUGCAUUAGCGUGCUUGGAAAGCAGCAGUGUUUCAAUUCCACUCAUUCUAUCACUUCCAGCUACCGUGCUAUCCCUGACUAGAAAUGAUCAACUAAAGGUAAGGGUUAGCACUCCACUUGGAUCCUCUGCACCGUCUUUACUAGUAAAACUAGUUCAAGCUUCCCAUUCGGCCUCAAAAGGUUCUUCUGUCAUUGAAGAACAGGAGCUGAGAUUCGAUGCUGACAAUGAUGUUUAUAUCUUGGACUCAUUACCAGAGACCGUUGAUGUUGGAAAUUACAUUUUCAUCUUUGAAACUGUGUUAUCUGAUUCAGAGAAUGAGAAAAUAUAUGCCACUGCAGGCAGGUCAAGGGUACCCAUUUAUGUCACAGGAGUUAUCAAUGUGGAUAAUGCAGAAAUUGCGGUGCUGGACAGUGACCUUGGGAGUGUUGAAACAAAGAAAAAGCUAGACAUAGCAGGAGAUAGUCUAUUUUCUUUGUCAGCAAACCACCUACAAAAGCUGCGGUUGUCCCUUAAAUUGACCACUCCGCGUGGAAAGCUGUUUAAACCACACCAGGCUUUCCUCAAGUUGAGACAUGAAUCCAAGGUCGAACACAUCUUUGUCUUGGAAAAUUCUCAGAAGCAAUUUGAGCUAACACUAGACUUCCUUGGGCUGGUUGAUAAGUUUUUCUAUCUUUCUGGUAAAUAUGAUAUCCAACUUACUGUUGGCGAUUCUGUUAUGGAUAACUCAUUCUUCCGAGAACUGGGAUAUAUCGAAUUGGAUCUUCCUGAAGCACCAGAAAAAUCAGCUAGACCUCCUCCUCAAUCUGUUGAUCCUUUAUCAAGAUAUGGGCCCAAAGCAGAGAUAGCCCACAUCUUCCGGGUUCCUGACAAGCGUCCUCCACAAGAGCUCGCUCUUGCCUUCUUAGGACUGGUUCUCUUGCCCUUCCUAGGCUUCCUUAUCGGGUGCUUGCGUUUGGGUGUGAAUUUUAAAAGCUUCCCUUCAUCUACGGUACCAGCCUCGUUUGCCUUGCUGUUCCAUUUAGGCAUAGCGGCAGUUCUUUCACUUUACGUGCUAUUUUGGUUGAAGUUGGAUCUUUUCACAACAUUGAAAGUGCUCGGGCUCUUGGGAAUCUUCAUAUUGUUUGUCGGGCAGAGGAACCUUUCUCACCUCGCAUCCGCUUCAUCCAAGUUGAAAUCUGCCUGAUGGAUUGUAAGUCUUAGAGAGUGAAGAGAAAUGUAGGAUAAACCCGGGAAAGAGGAUAAUAGGAUAAAUUUGAGCAAACCGCAUGAAUGAGAAUGGCGUCAAAAGAAGGUUCCUCUUACCCAAAUUUUCUUUUUUUGCUGUUUGGACACUGUUUUCUCUUUAGAUCCUUUCAGGUUAUUAUAAUAGCACACAUAAUAUGCAUUCUUGAAAGAUGACCCUUUUUUUCCCAUUGUUUUUCUAUAACUACAUCAGUUUUACUUUAAGUUAAUUAAUACUAUUAUUAGCUUUUGACACAGUAUUCAGAUCUUUCUAAUGACUACUUUCUAAAUUUUGGUUAAGUUUAUAUUUUAGAGAUUGUGAUACUA